AUGGAGACCCCCAACAUGUCCACCCCUCUCAAUUUCAGCCUACCUCCCAACUUCGGUAAGCGGCCCUCUGACCUGGCGCUGAGCGUCCUCCUGGUGCUUAUGCUGUUCAUCAUCAUGAUCUCACUGGGCUGCACCAUGGAGGUCAGCAAGAUCAAAGUGCACUUCUGGAAGCCUAAGGGGCUGGUCGUCGCCCUGGUGGCACAGUAUGGCCUCAUGCCCCUCACUGCCUUUGGGCUGGGCAAGCUCUUCAGGCUGAACAACGUGGAGAUGCUGGCCAUCCUGAUCUGUGGCUGCUCGCCGGGGGGCAACCUGUCCAACAUCUUCAGUCUGGCGGUGAAGGGGGACAUGAACCUCAGAGAACACAACAAAGAAUCCCUGAUGGAGCAGGAGAACAGUGGGCAGGAGCUGGUUGAAUGGACAUGGGGAAUACAGGGUGAAGAGGAGUGUGCUGUCUCAUUAGGGGGAAAGCAGCUAGGAGUAUAUAGCAAGGUGUGUAUGAAGGACAAGGUGCCCUAUGGAGGCAUUGUGGUCUCACUGGUCCUGAUUCUCAUUCCCUGCAGCAUAGGGAUCUUCCUCAAGGCCAAGCGGCCACAAUAUGUGCGCUAUGUCAUCAAGGGAGGGAUGAUCUUCCUGCUUUUGUUUACUGUGGUCAUCUCAGUCCUCGCUGCCAUCAACGUGGGCAAAAGCAUCAUGUUCGUCAUGACACCACACUUGCUGGCCACCUCCUCCCUGAUGCCUUUUAUCGGCUUCCUGAUGGGCUACAUUCUCUCUGUCCUCUUCCGCCUCAAUGAACAGUGCAGACGCACUGUGAGCAUGGAGACUGGUUGCCAAAAUAUUCAACUCUGCUCCACCAUCCUCAACGUGACCUUUCCUCCUGAAGUUAUUGGACCACUUUUCUUCUUUCCUCUCAUGAUUUUCCAGAUCGGAGAAGGACUUCUCUUCAUUGCCAUCUUUCGGUGCUAUCAGAAAACCAAGCCUCCCAAGGAUAAAACAAAAAUGAUCUACACAGCUGCCACAACUGAAGAAACAAAUCCAGCAGCUCUGGGAAACAGCACCUACAAAGAGGAAGAAUGCUCCAUUUGCACAGCCUAGCCCUCCUCACAGUGGCCUGGAUCUGGUUAGAGGGCAAUUCAGAAAAUCAGUGAUAUUCUACAGAGAACAGCAAUGAUCUUAACUCAUCUUGUCUGAAUAACACAUUCCUUCAGCAGAACC